AUGGUAGAGAGGAGAUGUUAUGACAAAGUGAAUGACAAGGUUCUUCUCAUUUCUGGGAUGCAAUGGGGAGAUGAAGGAAAGGGUAAACUGGUUACCCAUCUUUCGAAGGAUUUUGACCUUGUUGCAAGAUAUAACGGAGGCCAUAAUUCCGGUCAUGAAAUGUAUUUGGAUGGAGUAAAAUAUAAACUACAUUCACUUCCAUGUGGAGUUUUGGUCCCAAAUACAUUAAAUGUAUUGGGAAACGGUGUUGUUGUGCAUUUGGAAAGCCUUUUAAGUGAAAUUGAUGGCCUACUGAAGUUAGGAAUCGAUUUAACAAAUAGGUUAUUCAUCUCCGAAAGAGCACAUUUAGUACUCGAUUUGCACAUCGCUAUUGAUUCACAACUAGAAUCAGAACAAGGAGAAUACUCCACAACAAUAGGAACAACUAAACGUGGUAUUGGACCGACUAACUCAACCAAAUGUAAAAGAACUGGCAUCCAAUUGGGAGAACUGUUAAAUUGGGACAAUUUCGAGAAAUUGUUGACGAAAUUAACUUACAAGCUGAACCAUGAAAAUAAAGUUUUCUCGAACUCAGAUUUGGCAGAUUUACUAAACAAGGAGCUUGAAAUAUACAAAACUAACUUUUCUAAAAUCGCACAUUGCGUUUGUGAUACCUCAUAUAUGAUUCAAAAAUAUAUAAAAGAAGGUAAAAAGGUCUUUUUUGAAGGAGCUAACGGAGCAUUAUUGGACCUUGCUCUAGGAACUUAUCCAUACGUAACAUCUAGUAACACAACAACAAGCGGUGUGUACAAUGGAUUGGGAAUUAGUCCAAGUGUUAAGAUUUUAAAAGUUGGAGUGUUAAAGGCCUACCAAACUAGAAUCGGCCAGGGUCCUUUUCCAACAGAGCUUUUCGAUGAUAAUUAUGUCAAGUUACAAAAGCACGGGUCUGAGGUUGGCGUUACAACCGGCAGAACUCGACGAUGUGGCUGGCUUGACUUAGUCUCAGCAAAGUACGUCCAGGGCUUCUCUGGGUUUGAUGUAAUCAAUCUCACAAAACUGGAUGUACUUUCUCAAUUUGACGAAGUCAAACUUUGCACCAACUACAAGCAUAAAGUUACUGGUACUACUCUUAAAAACUUGCUUCCACCAUUUAGAUAUUUACAUAAUACUAUUUAUAGAGAAUUUUUGGAAGAGGGUCGCUAUCCCAACUGUUGUUAUCAAUUCGAUGAGUACGAACCAGUAUACAAAACAAUGCCCGGUUGGAAAACCGAUAUUUCCGACUUUAAAACCUUUGAACAAUUGCCACAAAACGCACAAAAUUAUGUCCUUUUUAUUGAGGAAUACCUGGGGGUAUUCAUUCACUGGGUUUGCUUAUUUAUCAACAAUAUCACCUUUAGGUGGGAACUGGCAAAGAUGUUAAUAAAAUGA